GGCCCCCCCAGCCACUGUUCAUGCACCACAUUCCCUCCCUCACCGACUUCCAAUGUCCUCUUCUCUUCUUCGAAGCGCCGCCGUUCGUUUCUUACCGACCUUAAACUGUUUCUCGAACCACCACUCUUCGGCGCCGCAUCAAAUAUCAAAAAAAAAAACAAAAAAAACUUUGUUUUCUCUGCUGACGAUGACGGAAACCUGCCGUGGGCGAAUCGCCAUGGCCCGGGUGACGGCCAGCGACGGCUACGGAUACCUGGCAUCAUCACAUCGAGAUAUCGUCACAAAUGCUUAACCCCCUGCAAUGUAUCUAUCUGUAGGUACUCUUCGGAGAGCUUGUCCACGGCCAACGCUGUUCCUGUGUACACUACCAACCGCUACUUGGUCGAUUCGACUGCAGCUGCAUUAGUGGCCGCGCAUAUGGAUCUCAGAGAAGUCUCCCUUCGUCCCUCCUUGUGUCCCCGUCCGUCACUGCGGUGCUCUGAUGAGCCGGCAUUUCCCUCCAGAAGCUACAGGGCACCGUUGUCUGUCUGGAUGCCCCGGCGGCACCAGCCCAGCGGCGAUAUCCCCCAGAGUGCCGCCGAGGUGGACGAGUCGUCCUGUCCGUUUCCCCUUCCGGUCUACCUGCAGAAGCAGAGACAUUGGCCUUCGGCGGUUCCAUUUUUGCCACCUUCUGAGAAGGCCAUGUCUGCAUACAAACGCGCCUUUUACCCAGAAAAAGCCCGCGGGCCCGCCCAGAUCGGACCAAAACAAAAGGGAAGAGCGGAGGGGGGUUGGACAGGUGCGGGAGUGGAGGCCGGAGCAGGGCCAAGCCUGAGAGAAGAAUAG